AGUUAACAUGCGUGGUUUUCCUCAUCUUUUUCUUCUUCUACCAUUUUUGAGAAUAACUUCAUGAUUUUUUAAAUCAUAUAUUUGUUUGAUCUUACUCCUUAAAACUUUGUAGUAUUUAUUUUAAAUUAUUUUUCACAAACAGAAACAUAUAUCACAAAAAUAAAGUUGCAUCUUCUAUUUAUAAUUUAGAUCAAAAACUAAACUAUGCAGUUAUAACAAACUAAAUUAAAAUUAAAAUUUUAAUAAAACAUUCAGAUAUAAAUUUCACUUAUCUUAAUUAAAAUAGUACAAGUGUGAGUCAUAAUUCUCUCCAAUUCCAAAAUUUUAGCACCCCUUAAAAGCAAAUAAAAACAAGUUUUAUAAAUUCACAAAAUAUAUAAAAAUAUUUGGAAUUCUAAUUUGUUAAAUAAAAAUAGUUGCAAAAUAGUGACAUAUUGUAAAAGAAAAAUAAAAUAAAAUCUACAACUUAUUUGUAAUCCAUCAUGUUUUACAGUUUCAAAUUAGUGGCUAACAAUACCCUAAACCGUAAAUAUCAUUUAUAUGCUUUUAAAAACUUGUAUAUAAAAGAAGACAUAUAAUUACAUAUCAAUUUGAGAACUUAUCAAAUCACUAAUGUAGAAUAAUCUAAUUGAUUUUUUUAAACCCAAAUCUAAAUCAUUGCACAUGAAUGUAUUACAAAUGGGUAGCAUGGGUUUUGUGAAGAUGUGCAUGUCCAAAUUCUAUCCAUGGUACAAAUUUAUCAAGAUAUAAUCACUCUUGGGUUUCUUCUGUUAUCUACUAAAUAUAUACAGUAAAACAAUUUAAAAAUAUAUGGUAUUUUGGAUAAUUAUUUAAGCAAAUAUGAUUGCAGUGGCAAAGUAGUAAUAACUAUUUGCAACUACUUUCUAACUUUUAUUAGUUUUGCUGUCACAAAUUAGUAGCUAAAGAAACUCUAAAAUCUAAAUGUUAUUCCUUUUGAUUUUAAAACUUAUAUGUAAGAAGACAUGAUUGUAUAUUAAAUAAAAAUAACUUGAAUCAUUAGUGUAAGACAAUCAAACUGAAUAAAUUUAAGCGAAAUCAAAAUUACUAUACAUGAAUACAUGAGUGUAAUACAAAUGGAUGAUACAUGUUUGUGAAUAUUUGUGAAUGUUUAAAAUUUAUUAGUAACUCAAAUUUAUAAAACGAUAUACUCAUAUUUGGGUUUCUUACACUAUUCUCUAAAGAUAUAUAGUAAACCAAAUGUGAAAUAAUGUAUUUUAGACAAUUAGUAAAACAAAUAUGACAGUAGUGGUAAAAUAGUAAUAAAAGUUGCUACUACUUUAUGACUAUAUUACUUUUUAGAAGUUGCAAAUAAGACACAAAAUAAUUGUACUUAUAUAUAUGUAGCAAACAUAACAACUAUAACAACUGUUUUUACAUGUGAAAAUAAUUCAUAGCAACAUUCUACUUAAGCACCAAAGUAAACACAUGUUCUGUAAAUCGAAUCCUCCACGUCUCUAAACCUCUUCCAUUCAAAUCUCCUCUCAUCCGCCACGUGUCCAUUCUUCGCUCUCUUUUAUCUCUCCUCUCCACCCAAAAAUUUUCUUCUCUAUCCCAUUUUCAAAAAGCACCUUCUCUCAGAAAAAAAAAAGUAUUAUUACAAAACUCAAAACCAUGUCUGGAGGUGUUGGUCCGACUUACAACGAUAUCGCCUUACCCAAAGAAGAAGAACAUCACGCCACCGGAGAAACCUCAACAGCCGCCAGAUUAUUCUCCUUCCAGCAACUAAACAUCCUCGCAGUGAUCCUUGUCCUCUCCGCAAGUGGUCUCGUCACAAUCGAAGAUUUCUUAUUCACACUCCUCGCGCUCAUCUACUUCUUCUUCCUCUCCAAACUAAUCUUCCCUCCCCACAAGAAUCCAAACCGCGAUGCUCCUCUCACAAGCCCCACCAACAAGAUUUUCCGUCUCUACGUAGCUUCCGCGGGGAUCGUGGGGCUCUUGAUUCCGAUCUGCUACAUCUUCCAAGGAUUCCUAGAGGACGAUAAACGCGGGGUGAGUGACGCUGCACCGCACGUGUUCCUUUUGGCGAGUCAGGUUUUCAUGGAGGGAAUAGCUGCCACGUGUGGCUUCUCCGCUCCCGCUCGGAUCCUCGUGCCGGUCGUUUACAACGCUAGGAGGAUCCUAACGCUCGUCGAGUGGAUUAUUAACGAGUUCUCAAGGGAGGCUCCGGAGUAUGGGAAGGGGACGGUUUCGGUGCGGCGGAUGUACGCCGGGAAAGUUUUGGCGGCGGUGAACCUUGGGAUUUGGUCGUUUAACCUCUUCGGUGUUCUGAUCCCGGUUUAUCUACCGAGAGCUUUCAAGAGGUAUUACGGUUCCAGCAAGGAGGUUUGAUUCCGGUUUAGAUCAAUCCUAGCGUUUAUUUCGUUUUUGGUUUAAUUUAUCCGGUUCAAUUUCUUUGGUUAUCUGAUACCGAGCUUUCAAAAAAAAUGUAUUACGGCUCCAACGUGGAGAACUGAACCAAGUUUAGAAUCUUCACAGCUUUCUGUUGUGUCUUAUUGUUUAAUCAUUCAGGUUCGUUAGUAACCGUGAUCUGGAUGUGUCUUUCCCUCGUUUGUUGUAUAUUGAUGUUUUCUUUGAUGAAUUUCACUUUAUUUAUUUUAUGUUAUUAUUUGAGUUUCAA